AUGAGUAUGAGUGUAGAUCGUGAUCAAUAUGCCAAUGCCGAUCUCAUGUGGAAAAAUCAAUCAUGGGGUGAUGUUACAAAUUCACAAAAUUUAGGUGAGAGUAACACUCAAAAGUUAAGUACGAAAUCAAUAAAUCAGAAAUGUGGUAUUAAUGAAGGAGAAGUUCUCGUAAAUAAGAAACGAAGUCGAGGUGGAGUUGUGAUUAGAACUGAAAAUAACAUUACAAAUGAGAAAGAGAAAGAUGGAAAGUAUCGCAAUUCUAAUAAAGAACUGCAUAUACUGAAUGAGAGAGACAGGAGAAAGAAAAUGAAGAAUCUUUUUGCCAAUCUUCAUGCCUUACUUCCUGAACUACCUUCUAAGGCUGAUAAAUCAUCAAUUGUGGAUGCGGCUGUGGAAAAAAUUAUCAAUCUAAAACAAGUUUUUGAACAACUAGAAAACAAGAAGCAAGAAAAGCUGAAAUCAGUAUCCAAAUUUGGGACUGAGUCGUCAUUUAUGAGGAACUCACACUUGCAACCCUUUGAAUCAAGGGAAGCAAUUGCAGCUGAUCAAAUAUCGUUAAGUUAUAAUAAUAACUUUCCUACUAGUAUAAUGGAACCUCCACCACAAAAAGUAGCUUUUAAUACAUGGUCUUUUCCAAAUGUUGUCUUGAACGUUUGUGGCGACGUAGCACAAUUUUGCAUUUGUGCAACUAAGAAGUCUUGCUUCUUGACAACAAUUUCUUUUAUAUUGGAGAAGUAUAGGAUCGAUGUUGUUUCUGCCCAUAUUAUGUUCAAUGAAAAUGGACGUUUCUACAUGAUUCAUAUUCAGGCAAAACAAGGUUCACUGGACAUAAGUUCCAUGGAGAAAAUUUACAAUCAAGCAGCUAGGGAAAUUAUGGCGUGGAUCUCUUAA